AUUUUACGCCCCAACAAAGUUUGGGGAUCGUAUAGACAUCUUCCGUUACCACAACUAAAACCAAAAUUUGUACAGCAUGGUUAUGUCGCUCAGAGUGUGCGAGGUGAUUUGAGCAAGUUGCGUUGGGUUGAAGGCCCGAUAUCUCCUGAUUACAAACAAGAAAAUCUCGUACGUGUAGUUUACGCAUCACUUAAUUUCAAGGAUAUUAUGACAGCUACUGGUAGAAUUUCUCUGUAUAUACUUCUGAAAAAGGAGCAAGAAAAGUCGAUUCUUCUAGGUUUUGAAUUCGUCGGGUUCAAAGCAACUGGUGAAAGAAUAAUGGGAGUAUCUACUGUAAGAGGAAUCACAAAUCUUAUUGUGGCUGAUCCACGACUUUGUUGGAUCAUUCCUGACAAAUGGACGUUUGAGGAUGCUGCAACUGUCCCAGUUGCUUAUUGUACGAGUUAUUAUGCUUUGUACACACGUGGAAAAUUAAAGAAAAGAGAUAAAAUUCUUAUACAUUCCGGAACUGGUGCCGUUGGGCAAUCUGCAAUUUAUCUCGCGCUUUUUGAAGGAUGUGAAGUUUUCACAACUGUAGGAACACCUGAGAAACGAAAGUUUAUAAGAGAAAAAUUUCCUUCUAUUCCUGAAGAUCAUAUAGGAAAUUCUCGAGACACCAGCUUCGAACAAAUGAUUAGUCAACAAACAAGAGGUCGAGGUGUGGACAUCGUGCUAAAUUCUUUAGCAGAAGAAAAACUGCAAGCAUCUAUUCGGUGUUUGGCAAAAGGUGGUCGCUUUUUAGAAAUUGGAAAGUAUGAUUUACUAUCUAACAAUACUAUAAAUUUAAAAGAAUUUUCAAAAGGCAUUAGUUUCUAUGGAGUUAUGUUAGAUAAACUAUUUAUUAGUACUGAUGUAUCAAGAAAAAUAAAUAUUCGUAACUCGAUAAACACUAUGAUUCAGCGUGGAGCGAUCGUACCACUUGUAAGAGAAGUUUUUGAACAACAUGAGAUAGAAACCGCUUUUAAACAUAUGGCAGCUGCAAAACAUAUAGGAAAAGUAAUCAUGAAAGUACGUACAAAAGAGGAAGAUGUGGACGCUCCUAUUCUCGCGUAUCCUCAAUAUUUCUGUCAUGAACAUAAAUCUUAUAUUAUUUUGGGUGGUUUAGGCGGUUUUAGCCUGGAGUUAACUGACUGGUUGAUUCUUCGUGGCGCUCAAAAAAUUAUACUCAUUUCACGAAAUGGUAUAAAGAACGGUUAUCAACAGUCAAGAGUAGAGUUAUGGAAAUCGUAUGGAGUAAAUGUGCAAAUAAUAACAGGCUUUAACGCAUCUACUCAUGAAGAUUGUGCUUCGAUUUUACGUUCUGCCAACAAAUUAAGACCAGUAGAUGCUAUAUUUAAUCUCGCAGUUGUGCUAAAAGAUAAUAUCUUCACGAAUCAAUCUCCGGAAACAUUUGAAGAAACAUUUCAGUCGAAAGCUCUAGCUACAAAGCAACUGGACGAUUUGUCUAGAAAAAUGUGUCCUCAUCUGCGACAUUUUGUGGUAUUUUCAUCUGUGUCGUGUGGAAAGGGAAAUCCUGGACAAACUAACUACGGUAUGGCCAAUUCGAUAAUGGAAAGACUCUGCAAAAAAAAAGCGCAAGAUGAAUUACCUGGCAUGGCUAUUCAGUGGAGUGCGAUAGGUGACGUCGGUCUUGUCGCUGACAUGCAACAAAACAAUAAAGAACUAGUUAUCAGUGGAACAUUGCAACAACGAAUAUCAUCUUGUUUAGAAUCAUUAAACACUUUCUUAAUGCAGUCGAGACCGAUUGUAAGCAGUAUGAUUGUAGCUACAAAAUCGAAAGCUUCUGGAGAUAUUCUGCACGUUGUGAUGAACAUUAUGGAAUUAAAAACUUUAAAAGGAGUUGGAGAACAUGUACUCUUGUCUGAACUUGGUAUGGAUUCUAUGAUGAGUUUAGAAAUUAAGCAAACAGUAGAAAGAGAAUUAAGUGUCUUUUUCACAAUACAACAAAUUCGCAAUCUUACCUUUGCUAAGCUCAAAGAAAUAGCUAAAAGAGAUAUGUACGACCAAAAGAAUAUUGAAACACAACUUGACACAAAUAACUCGCAACAUAUAAAAGUCUUUAAUCUUUUCCGGAAUUGAAGGAUUUGCUAACGUAUACAACUCAAUAGCUUCAAAAAUUAAAGCUCCUGCAAUAUGCCUACAACAUAGUUCUAUUAAUCUUCCU